CGAAGGUGUGAUCAGCUGUGUGAAAUUAUGUGAAAUCUCCUUAAAGUAGGAGAGCAGUGCAGUGGAGCUUGCGGCAGGAGAAUCCUCCGUUAGCCGCCAGCUCUACAAAACAGAAGAAAUUCCUCCAUCGAACGGUUUCGGUGCUCCAAAGCUUAUUCAAAGCCAAUAUUUAGGAUUCACCACACAUAAGGAAAAGUAGUCCGCCAAGCGCCGUGCAGCCGUACAUUGUGUGUGUGUGUGUGUGUUGCCGAAGAAAUCUAUAUUAUAAAGUAUAUAUAAAGAAAUAUUGUAACAAAUAUAAUUAUAGCUACUAAUUUUGCAUCAGUCACAAUGGCAGAAGCUGAUCCUGAGACCCUUCUGGAAUGGCUAUCGAUGGGACAGGGUGAAGAACGGGAGAUGCAACUCAUUGCUCUCGAACAGCUCUGUAUGCUACUUCUAAUGAGUGACAAUGUUGACCGGUGCUUUGAAAGUUGUCCACCACGUACGUUCCUUCCGGCACUAUGUCGAAUGUUCCUCGACGAACAAGCUCCGGAUAACGUUCUAGAAGUGACUGCUCGGGCACUCACAUAUUUUCUCGAGGUGUCGGCAGAAUGCACUCGGCGCAUAGCAGCAGUGGAUGGUGCUAUUAAGGCAAUCUGCUCGAAGCUUGUGACCACUGACGUAAAGAAGUCCCGCACAUCAAAGGAUCUUUCGGAGCAAUGUGUGAAGGUAUUAGAACAUGUCUGUUCUCGCGAAGCGGCAGCUGUGUUCGAAGCGGGAGGCCUAGGCUGUGUGCUUGAGUUCAUUCGUGAGCAUGGGGCAUUUGUACAUCGCGACACGUUGCAUUCAGCUAUGUCUGUCGUAAGCCGGUUAUGUGCUCGCGUUGAACCAGGUGACCGUGUAAGUCUAGCAGCGUGUGUGGCCAGCCUAAGCGCUUUGUUGGAGCAUGACGAUGCGUUCGUUAGUGAUGAAGCACUUCGUUGUUUUGCGUCUCUUGCGGAUCGUUUUGCGCGGCGUGGCCUUGAUCCUGCCCCUUUGGCAGACAAGGGCCUCCUAGCAUUAUUGUUGACCAAAAUGGAGGCGGCUGCUCGACUUGCUCAACAACAUCAACCGACAUCUGGUAGUAGCAUGGCGACGGUGAUUUCGUUAUUGUCCACGCUCUGUAGAGGCUCGCCAACUGUAGCCCACGACCUUUUGCGUUCCAGAUUACCCGAAGCGCUGGAAGCCGCUCUACGGUGCCCUGACGACCGGAGCGUACUAGACGCUAUGCGGCUGGUGGACCUUUUGUUAGUUUUAAUUUUUGAAGGUCGAGGCGCUCUUCCAAAGGCUACGGGCUGUACAGCUAGUUCGGCCGCUCGGGGAUCGUGUACGGAAAGGACACACCGUCAACUAAUUGACUGCAUCCGAUCUAAAGACACUGAUGCUUUGAUUGACGCGAUCGAAAACGGUUCCGUUGACGUGAACUUUAUGGACGAUGUCGGUCAGACCCUACUCAAUUGGGCAUCUGCAUUCGGCACUCAGGAAAUGGUCGAGUUUUUAUGUGAGAGAGGAGGAGAUGUAAACAAAGGUCAGCGAUCAUCAUCUCUUCAUUAUGCGGCUUGCUUUGGCCGGCCCGAAAUAGCCAAGGUGCUUCUACGACAUGGCGCAAAUCCAGAUCUCCGGGACGAAGACGGCAAGACUCCAUUAGACAAAGCUCACGAACGAAAUGAUCAGGGCCAUCGUGAAGUUUCAGCAAUUUUGCAAUCGCCAGGUGAACUGAUGUGUAGUUCAAGUCUGGCUGUCAAUUCAGCUCUCGAUAAUCUAAGUGAGCAGGACGUUCCGCAGGAGCCGCAAGGUGAUCUUGCGGUUGCACCUGUAUUUCUACGUAGCCUUAUUCCAGUGCUAUGUCAAAUCGAACAGCAUUCGCUCGUACGCUCCGUACAACGGUCUGCACUUAAUCUACUACGUAAGAUGUUACACUAUAUUGACCCAGCCUUGUUCACGGAUAUGUCAUCAGCCGAAUUAGCACUUAUGUUGGCAAACGUUAUUUCGCAAGUGAUCGAUGCUGAACAGGAUCAGGACCAAGACACGCUCAUCAUAGCUUUGCAGAUGGUUCGGGACGUUUUGAGCAAAGCACGACCCAUUUACAUGGAUUAUUUUUCUCGUCUUGGCGUUCUGUCCAAAAUUGAGGCUCUCGCCCAAAGCGGACAACAACCCACACAGGGCACUCAAUUAGACCUGCAAAGCGGCGAUGGUGGAAAUGAAAGUGGUUCUUCGCAGAGCACAGAUACAAGCUCAAGCUCCGGAGAUGCUUCCGAAAUCAUUGCUGGAAGAGCAUACCAUUGGAAGGACUGGAAUAUUGUUCGGGGAAGAGAUUGUCUCUACCUUUGGAAUGAGUCAGCUGCGUUGGAGCUCUCGAACGGAUCCAAUGGCUGGUUUCGUUUCAUUCUCGACAACAAAUUACAGACCAUGUAUUCAAGCGGAUCACCAGAGGGAGGUGCGGAUUCUUCAGAAAACCGUGGAGAGUUUGUCGAAAAGCUGCAACGAGCUCGCAGUCAAUGCAAGCUCAACGUGCCAUCGCAAAGCGUAUUAACGUCGCCAAAAAGUGCUGCUACAGGAACCGGAGGCGUAGGUUCCAAGACAAAGUUAGUAGUUGGCAAUUGGUCUCUAUCGGCGCGCGCUCCAAACGAACUCGUCAUACAUAAUUCCGAUGGUCAACAGCAAGCGACGGUUCUGCGCGAAGAGCUAGCCGGCUUCAUUUUCGAGUCAAAUCGCGGAACGAAGCAUACGUUUACUGCUGAAACCAUGCUUGGGUCUGAACUAAGUUGUUGCUCCUCCCGUGUUGGGGGAAAAUCGAAGCGUCUUCAAACAAAGCUUGAAGCAGUUCGGCAAAAAGUUUUAUCCCUCUCUAGAGAAAUUUGCGACCGUUUCCAUGCUACCGGCGCCGAGAGUAAGCCACGUCCUGUCGUUAUGGAGCUUAAAGCGUUAGUGGAGCAAAUGACCUUUGCGACAGAAGAAGAACCGGUACCGGAAGCAGUAGAGGCAUCGUUGCACUCACUAGACGCGCUCCUUUUGCGAGAGCGUGCUAUUCCAACAUCCCAGCAGAUGUCGUCGUUCGAAUUGCAUUCAUCUGGCUUGGUAGCAGCGCUUCUGCGGGUCUGUCGUAGUGAACUUCUCGCCCCUCUGAUCACUCGCUCACUUACAAAUGACGCGUGUGAAUUGCUUGCGAUCAAACUGGUCGGCGUGCUUGAGUCGAUCGAAAAGUUGGCGGUCUUUCAUUAUGACACGCCUUCUCACGGACUGCAGGUAUUAAGUCGACGUUUUCGGAUGCGUCUGAGCAAGGAUCCGUCGGAAACAGCCUUAAUUGAUCGGUCAGGGCGCCCUAUAAAAAUGGAGCCGCUCACGACAGUAGGUCAACUCAGUAAAUACCUCACACGAAUGGUUGCCAAACAGUGGUAUGAUUAUGAGCGAUCCAGCUUCCAUUUUGUCAAGCAGUUGACCGUUAUAAAAAACAAUCCGAUUAUACUUGAGUAUUCUGGAGUAGACUUUGACACUCAAGGUCUCUUCUACUGGAUGGGCACUAACGGAGGCCUGCCUGGAAUUGACUGGGUCAAUCCAGCUCAAGUUAACCUGGUCGUUGUGUCCUGUUCCGAGGGUCGCAAUCUACCUUAUGGACACCUUGAAGAUAUCCUCAGCCGUGACACAUCGGCGCUCAACUGCCAUACGAACGAUGAUCGCAAAGCUUGGUUUUCGAUCGAUCUUGGUGUGUGGCUUGUUCCCACACACUAUACGCUGCGACACGCUAGAGGGUAUGGACGGUCUGCGUUGCGCAACUGGCAACUGCAAGGAUCUCGUGAUGGAGUCACUUGGACAACACUCUAUACUCAUCAAGAUGACUGUUCACUCAAUGAACCGGGCUCUACGGCCACUUGGAAGAUACCAGAGCUAAGCCAGAAUCUUGACGCAGGACAACCCCGUGGGUGGAGACAUUUGCGUAUUCAGCAAGCCGGUAAAAACGCAUCUGGACAGACCCAUUACUUAUCGCUAUCAGGCAUGGAGGUGUAUGGCAAACUGUGGGGAGUUUGUGAUGAUCUGGGUAGAGCGGCUCGAGAGCAUGAUCAGGAAAUGCGUCGUCAAAGAAGAGCAGUUAGACAGCAACUUAAAGCAAUGGUACCCGGUGCACGUGUAAUGCGUGGUCCUGAUUGGAAAUGGCGUGAUCAGGAUGGAUGCCCGCCAGGAGUCGGCACCGUAACAGGCGAUGUGCACAAUGGUUGGAUUGAUGUAGGUUGGGAUCAUGGCGGAUCCAACUCGUACCGGAUGGGCGCCGAAGGCAAAUAUGACCUAAAGCUGGCAGGAAGCGGAGGGGCACCAGGAGCUCAAGGAACAGAAGGCUGUCCCGCUGUUUCGUCUGCAGCUGUGGCUAUGGCUGCGAUUCGCGCAAAAGUUCGGGGCGUUACGGUCGAUUCAUUGAAGGGAAGGCGGUCGAAAACUGUGAGCAGUGGGUCGCAGGUGGCACAAACUUCAUCUGUAAGCGUUUCACCUGGCGCUUCCGCGUCCAUGUCUGUCUCGGUACCAAAUCUAUCCACCCAACAUCCUAAUAAGCCGCUUAGCGCCAAUAACGCCGGAAACACUAUAGGAAACACAGGGCUUGCCUGUUCUACUGAAUCACAAAGUUCAGUUUUAUCAGCUGCGUCGUGCUCAGCAAGUGGAAUGGGUGUGGGUGUAGGCAGUGGAAAUGGAGGUGCAAGUAGUGGUCAAAGAGAACCUCGUCUCCGUCUCAAGAGUGCUACGGCAGACGGAAGCCGAAUUUCUCUGGCGGCCGGUGGUGGGGGUGGAGGUCACGUAUCUUCGCUCGUAAGACUCGCUCUUUCAUCAUCCAACUUCCCCGAAGUGCUUGCUGACCUUCUCGGCAGUAUGCCUCUCGUAAACGAGAGCAAUGAUACCUCAGCCGCGUCAGGCCUUUUGUCAACUGCGCAGUCAUACCCUUCGUUGACAAAUGAGGCGAUAACGUCUGCAGCAGCGGCUAUGUCUCAAUCAGAGCUGUCAUCCGACUCCGAUCAGGACUUAGUUGAUAUGGCUACGGCAGGGUCAGGAGGUAUUUCAGGAGGCCUUGCCAGUCACGUAGUGGCUACUCAAGGCAGUGUUACAGGGGUUAGUGGGGUCGGUGGUGGCGUCUCAGGCGUCCGCGCUCUCGAGGUUAUGAUCGAUGCGGACGACGACAAACAGAGCGACCUUGACAAUGAUGACGAUUAUGAGGACGUCAUGGUACGUCUUCUUCAGGAAGAGGAUGUGUUUGAAAUGCGCAAUUCACAACACUCGGUGGGUGGGCUUUCGAAACGCGAUGCGUGGGAUGAUGAAUUUAUUUUAAAGAGGCACUUCUCGGCUUUAAUCCCUGCUUUUGAUCCGCGACCUGGUCGUACAAAUGUCAACCAAACGUCCGACAUCGAUAUUCCACCGCCUCCCGAUGACAGCAGCUUUUCGAUAGCAACAACUACAACAACAACUACAACAACAACAACAACAACAACAACAGCCCAUAAUCAAACGACGCCCGCGCCGCGAUCUUCGACGGACUCCUCAGUAUCUCCAGUAGGAUGUACAGAGGGUGAUGUUGGCGGGAGUCCUGUAACCGAAAUUCAUCAACCUCCUAAGAUACUUCUUACCCUUAAAGGGCCUAGCCUACCAGGUGUUCCUGAUCUGUGUGUAGAGCUAACGGAUCCAUCGUGGACGAUGUUUCGUGCCGUGCAACAGCUUAUGCAAAAGUCUGACCUUCCCUCUGCAAACGACAAAUUAAAACGCAUCUGGGAGCCCACCUAUACUAUCGUGUAUCGCAGUGCAGGCGACCGUAGCAGUGGUAACACGAUUGCCGGUAACGAGACUGCUGAGGAAACUGGACCAGCAAUUGGGGCAGCUCCAUUGGCAAUUUACGCGAACGGAGCUCGGUGCUCUUCGUUGAUGAGUGAUGUUAUCAUGUCGGGCGCCCAGAGGGCGGCAGACUCAAUGAUAUCGCCCACAAUUUCGUCGUCUGCCUCUACAAACGGAGGGCCGCUCGGAACCGGAGGAGGAGGAGGAGGAGGAGGAGGAGGAGGAGGAGGAGGAAGGGGAGGACGAAGGCGAAGUAGCAGCAGUGUCGUUGUUAUGGCUAGUGCUGCCGGCGGCUGUGACCUGGAGCCUCUCGUGGGCCAAGUUGUUCAGCUGCUCAAGUCGCUAGCUCGACACUAUAACCUCACUGGUGAAAUGUGCGUAUCUGCGAAACUAUCGCAUAAGUUGCUGCAGCAAAUGCAGUGCCCACUGGUGAUGAGUGCAGGAGCUGCGCCCUCUUGGUGUGAGGCCCUUGUCUAUAAAUGUCCUAUGCUGUUCCCUUUCGAAACGCGUCAUACAUUCUUCCGAUCCACUGCAUUUGGUACUAGCAGGGCAAUCGUCUGGAUUCAGAGUCAACGCGAGCAAAGAUCGACAUUAGUUGGCGGCCUCGGGGGACUAGCAGGUCUUGCUGGUGCAAGGCGGGUAGCGGGUGAAGCAGACGACUUCAUGGUUGGUCGACUGAAGCAUGAACGAGUUCGGGUGGCGCGGGGCGAGAGGCUGCUUGACUGGGCCAUUCAGGUGAUGAACUUCCAUGCCGAACGUAAGGCAUUACUUGAAGUCGAAUUCCUUGGUGAAGAGGGCACUGGUUUAGGUCCAUCGCUUGAAUUCUAUUCGUUAGUUGCUGCUGAACUUCAGGCCGCACGUUUAGCCAUUUGGUGGGCUGAUGAAGAUCCUCCAGACGAGGGCUGCGACGAUGAAGGAGCAACGCGUCGUUAUGUGCGACCCUUGUCAGGACUGUUUCCAGCGCCGCUUGCUCAGGAUUCUGUUGCCUGCGAUCGCGCUUGUCGCCUUUUUGAAUUUAUUGGCAUCUACUUGGCUAAGACCCUACAAGAUAAUCGGCUCGUUGAUCUACCACUGUCAGCUUCUCUACUUCGCCUACUGACAUGUGGAGCGCGGGUCCGAAAUUCCGCCGGACAACGUAUACUCACUUUAAAUCGAGAUCUAGCUGAAUUGAACCCGUUCCUUUACAGUACCAUCUGUCAACUGUCGGUAGUUGCCGACGCUAAGCGGCGUAUCGUCACUGACCAGCAUCUUUCCAAAACUGAACAGCGGCACCGCCUGGAAAAGAUUACACUUCAGGGGGCUCAAGUGCAAGGUGCGCGCGUCGAAGAUCUCGGAUUAACGUUUCAGUUCCUACCCCCAUCAAGAGCAUUCGAGGCGGUAGAGCUGCGACCAAACGGCUCCCAAAUAGAUGUCACGAUGGAAAAUAUAGAGUAUUACGUAGCUGCACUCGAGGAGUUUGUGCUGGCUAAGGGUGUACAAAGGCAAAUGGAAGCUCUGAGACGAGGCUUCAACCGUGUGUUCCCAAUCUACAAACUUUCAGCCUUUAGUAGUAACGAACUGCGACUGCUGCUUUGCGGAGAGCAAUGUCCACAAUGGUCACGGGAAGAUCUGGUGCAGCAUACCCUACCAAAACUUGGCUUCUCCAAAACGUCACCUGGUUUCCUAAAACUUGUGAACGUACUGGUGGAGCUUAGUGCACAGGAACGCAAGGAUUUUCUGCAAUUCGUCACAGGCUGCUCAUCGCUUCCACCAGGUGGCUUAGCCAACCUCCAGCCACGGCUAACCAUCGUCAAAAAAGUCGAUGCCGGUGAUGGCUCGUAUCCCUCCGUUAAUACAUGCGCUCACUACCUCAAGCUGCCAGACUAUUCGUCGGAAGACAUUCUCAAGGAGAGGCUUCUAGCGGCCACGCAGGAAAAGGGAUUUCAUCUUAACUGAGCGAAAUUUUCACUGCGAAAGAGCACUGCUUUCCGUGAUACUGUUUACCUGGCGUUUCUUACUUUACGACACGAGCAGACCGAAUAAAGUAAAAAAAAGUACACCGUUGAUGAUACAAGAUGUAUAGAAGGGAUCUUUCAAAACAGACCAUUCGAAAGCGCGAAGUGAGUCGAAGGAAACUGUAAAUCAAUCUAGACCGGGUAAAAUAUGUUGGAAAGCCAAUGGUCGAUUGUUACCAUUUUCAGAGGGUUGACAGUAUAUGAAAUCAUUGAAAACAUCACAUGAAUGAGAACGGAUGAUAAUGUCGGUUGUUAAUUAAUUGGUGAACGUUGCGUGUGGAUCGUCGACUGCGUUUUUCAGAACAUGUUAAACGCAUACACCCGAUAGAUUUUUAUAGUAGCAUUAAACGAUCAUUUAGUUACACUGUAUUCGAUGCACACGGAGGGAGUCAAGUGUGGGCAAGGGUGGACACGCUGUUGUAGUGUCUCUAUUAAGACCAGAGACAGAAUAUUUGGUGUUGCCAAGGUGGAUGAUGUCUGACCCCCCGCUUCGCGUACGACAGCAGAUGGUGGCGUCAUAAAUAAUGGCUAGUGGUCGAACAGUAUAACUUAGUUCAUUGGAGAUGAGACAACUACUGCUCCUAGCAGUAAAUAAAUACCACAUGUUGAUAAUGAGGAGAAAAAGAAUAGAACGACAAAAGGUCAAGGUUAGAGUGAGGUUGAGUAUAAUGAUUGUGUAGAAGUAUGAUAACGGGUGUACAUAAAUAGUACUCUGUUAUGGUACAGUACGAUACUGUGGUUGGGGUAAGAGGCAAAAGAGGAUGUGCGGUAAUGUAUUUGUGGUGAAAGUUUGCGGUGGUAAUGAUAGGUGAUGCCGACGUCAAUGGCAAGCUGAGCUGGUGAGCUUUUUGUGAUCACAGUGAUGAUAUAUUACUGCAAUUGCUAAUUACUACAAUAAUAAAGUAAAUAAAGAAAUGACUGAGGAAAAGAGUAGAAUGACUGGUGUUACAUAACUAAGUCUCUACAUGUAAUAAGAAACGAACACCGUUUUGUAGUAGGGGCAGUAGGGGGCGUUGAAAGGAGUGGAAGAAGCUGGAAGAGGCGCCAGGGGUCAUGGUAGAUAUAUACGUGGCAAAGGGCAGAUGAUGGAAGUCAAUUAGGAGAACUUGAGAUAAACAAACUUGUGUUCGACGUCAGUAGUAAAUUUGUUUAGUCUAGGCAGCACCAGCGCACAUACUGCAGCGCAAGUCACUCUACUGCACUGCACAUUGUGCUAUUAUGAUGUGCUGCUACCACCUAGUAAAAUACGUCGGUCAACAUAAACAAAACCAACUGAAAUACAUGCUAUUAUAUUAUUAAAUAAAUAAGUGAAUAAAAAUAGACUAUUUACUGACUGUAUCAACACAGAAAAGACCUAGAUCUGACUGUAUAUCAUUACCUUAGAAUGAUUCUAUACAAAUAUAUAAAGCAAACAAAUAAAAUCUAAGGCAUGUUUAAAAAGUGCGUGUUAACUUCUGACUUUUUUUUUUAUACAAGCUUAAUCUUUUGAACGUGAAGCACCAGAGGUGUCUAAGAAACGAGAAUGAAGGGGCUGGUUGUUCAUCGGCUGCUUCGUCUACGGCAUACCUCAGCUAUUCAUAUGGCUUCAGGAUUGUCUCUGGGCAGGAGGCCCAAUUUGGAGGGAAAACAGGAUCGGAGCUGCUGCAUAGCCUUGAUCCCUUUGAACAUCAUAAGGCAUCAUAUAUGCACAUAGCAUAGAAGCCUUUAAUUAAUUUUCUUUUGCCUCGUACCUAACAGAUAAUAGAUAACAGUUUAAUAGAUAAUUAAACAAUUCAAACUGAUAAGGGGAUAACACUUUACAAGACAGUACAACGUGUUUCGAAUAUGAUAAGGUACGGCACCGAAGUGGCGACACUUCCUGUAUCUACAUACAUGCGAAAUACUAAAGUAUUUAAAGACGUUAGGUCAAAAACAAGGUUAUUUUACCUAAAUGUGUCAACAUUGUCUCAAAUAUGACAUACAUCAGAGCUUUCAUUCAUCAAGUGAAGAUAUUUACCACUAGCGGAACUUUGGCUUUCGUACAAUGUCUCAAAGAGUUCGAAAAAAUUCGAUAAUAUCCAGUCAAACAAACAAGAUGGAUUGUGAAUUUUGUCAUGACUGGUGUUAAUACUCAUCACGAAUUACCUCAGUAUGGAAUAAGUGUAAUAUAGCUUCUGCUUAUUAAUGGAGGCCUAUAAAUAUGGGCGCCCAAGGGCUACGGAAGCCAGCAGAAUGCUGAAAGAAGCCAUGUCUGUAGAGUAUUCUAAUAAACGUUUUUAUCGAUAAAUAUUCCAUAAUCUUACCAGAAUUAGGGGAGUUUCACUUGUUCGAUACGUCCACGUGACGAUCUCAUAUUCGAUGCUCACGUUCAAAAGACGACCUUCAACCCACAGCGGUGGUUGAAAUCAAAUAAAAAUACAGGGAUAGUUAUUUGUUUGGCCUAUUAUUUCCGAAUAUACAGACGCGUCAAAGAUUCACAGAACAAGACGUCAGCCUUGAAACUAAUUAACUUCAUGUACUCAGACGUUGCUCACUGUACCUAUUUGCAUACGAGAUUCAGGAUAAUUCGACUAU